CUGGCGUUUCGACGUAUCUAUGCUGCCCGAGAGGGUUGGCGUGGAGUUAUGCAGUACACGUGCCGUAUCACCAAUGUGUUGUGACCUCCCCAUUUGAUACUCUCAACAACGUCACCAUCACGGACGCAAAGCUAUCUAGCGGUUCCUUAUCAGUCACCGUUAUUACGGGUGCUGUGGGAUCUUGUGAUGGCAUCCCAAUUCAAUACAGUCAAGCGAGUUCGCAAGUUUCCAGCGUGCUAUUCGACCACCACAUCCUCAUCCCAAUCCCAGACGUCAAGCACUUCGAAAGCAUCGUCAAGUAUUCACGGACAGACUGGAGUUUCUUCGGGAAAUUCGGAUUCAGCAGGUUCAGAACGCCUCUCUCCCGGAGCCAAAGUAGGUAUAACCAAUGCCGCAGUCCUCGCCGCCUUCGCCAUCUUCCUAUUCAUCCGACGACAUAGAAAGGAGCAAGCUACCCAACCCUAGCCCGGCUAGCACCAAGAGAUAGGUACAAUAGAAGUCGAUGGGAAAAGGAUUGUUAUAUUAGAAUUCU